AUGAAGCUCAUUGAGAAAUUUGGAAUGAAAGAUUGCAAAUCUGUGGUAACACCACUAGUUGUGAAUGAGAAAUUAUGCAAGGUAGAUGGCAGUGAAGCAGCACAUGAAAGUGAAUAUAGACAAGUUGUAGGUAGCUUGCUAUACUUGACUGCUACAAGGCCGGAUAUAAUGUUUGCUUCUAGCUUACUUGCUAGAUUCAUGCAUAAUCCCACAAAGAAGCAUAUGGGAAUAGCCAAGAGGGUGUUGAGAUAUAUUCAGGGCACUCUUGAUUUUGGAAUUGAAUUUGUGAAAGGAAAGACAACUACUCUAAUAGGGUACUGUGACAAUGACUGGGCAGGAAGUGAGGAUGACAUGAGAAGCACUUCAGGGUAUGCAUUUACACUAGGAUCUGGUAUGUUUUCGUGGGCAUUGAUCAAACAAAACACAGUGGCAUUGUCCACUACAGAAGUGGAAUAUGUCAGUGCUGCAGAAGCAAUAUCACAGGCUAAAUGGCUAAGGUUUGUGCUUGAAGAUUUUGGAGAGGAGCAAGUGGAAGGCACACCAAUUAUGUGUGAUAACACAUCUGGCAUAACAAUAGCAAAGAAUCCAGUUCUUCACUAG